CCGUCCAGACAACCCCUCACUCGGGCCUGCGCUGCGGCACGGCCCCCUGGCCUCGGAAAUUCAGUCUCGGGCCGAGGUCUGCGGCCGUUGGACGAGGAGCAGUCGCGGCAGGCGGUGGGAAGGCUGCCCGGACGGAGGCGCUCGUGGUUCUCCACCAUGGCGGCGGCGGUGCGCGCUGCGGGAAUUCUCCCAGCGCUGUGUGGCGCGUCGGCGGGUCAUUUAUGGUCCAGGCAGCUUUACGUAAACAGCUUUCCAACAGCUUCCAUUUUGGCAUUGAAGACUGUUCCCAGCAAUGGCUCUUUGUCAUCUCCAGGAACCAGAGACAACCGUCAUUUUAUCAGCUUGACCCGUGCGCUACAGACACAGUGCUGUAUUUCUUCUCCCAGUAACUUGAUGGGCCAGCAGUAUAGAUUCUAUAGUUUCUUCACUAAAUUGACAGCAGAUGAGCUGUGGAAAGGUGCCUUAGCAGAGAGUGGUGCUGGAACAAGAAAAGGAAGAGGCAAAAGAACUAAGAAAAAGAAAAGAAAGGAUUUGAACAGGGGUCAGAUCAUCGGUGAAGGGCGUUGUGGCUUCCUAUGGCCUGGUCUGAAUGUCCCUCUUAUGAGAAAUGGAGCUGUGCAGACCAUUGCCCAAAGAAGCAAGGAAGAGCAGGAGAAGGUAGAGGCGGAUAUGGUCCGGCAGAGAGAAGAGUGGGAGUGGAAGAGGAAGAUGAAGGUUAAACGGGAGCGAGGCUGGAGCGGAAACACGUGGGGAGGCGUCAGUCUCGGCCCCCCUGACCCUGGUUCCAGUGGAGAAACAUAUGAUGAUUUCGAUACCAGGAUACUUGAGGUGAGGAAUGUUUUCAAUAUGACAGCAAAAGAGGGAAGAAAGAGAUCAGUCCGUGUCCUGGUCGCUGUGGGGAAUGGCAGAGGAGCUGCAGGUUUUGCCAUUGGGAAAGCCGCUGAACGGGCAGAUGCUUUCAGAAAAGCAAAGAACAAGGCAGUUCACUAUUUGCAUUAUAUAGAACGAUAUGAAGACCAUACAAUAUACCAUGAUAUUUCUUUAACAUUUAAAAGGACGCAUAUCAAGAUGAAGAAACAACCCAGAGGCUAUGGCCUCCGCUGCCACCGGGCCAUCAUCACCAUUUGCCGGCUCAUUGGCAUCAAAGACAUGUAUGCCAAGGUCUCUGGCUCCGUCAACAUGCUUAACCUCACCCGGGGCCUCUUCCACGGGCUCUCCCGCCAGGAAACCCAUCAACAGCUGGCUGACAAGAAGAGUCUCCACGUUGUGGAAUUCCGGGAGGAAUGUGGCCCUCUGCCCAUCGUGGUUGCCUCCCCCAAGGGGGCCUUGAGAAAGGAUCCGGAGCCGGAACAUGAGGUUCCAGACAUCAAACUGGACUGGGAAGAAGUGAAGGCUGCACAGGGUAUGAAGCGCUCUGUGUGGUCAAGUUUAAAGAGAGCCGCCACCUAGGCCUUCUUCUGGCCUGGCUCAGCCUGGCAUCUCUUGCUUCUGGCACCUGGGAGAGACUCAACCCCUCACACUUUGGAUUGUCACUUUUUCUUUUUUUUUUUUAAGGAAAGGCCAACCUUACAUUUCUUUAUUGACAAAUAACAAAUAAUUAUAGAUUUAAUUUAUUGA